CCGCCCCGCGGCGUUACAGACUUCCGCUUCCCGCCGAGCAGGCAAUGGCGGCUCGGGUGCUGCUUGCGGCGCUGAGCGCGGCGCUGGGUCUCUUCGCCUCGGCGGGGAAAAUGAAGAUCGUGGAGGAGCCGAAUACGUUCGGGUUGAAUAACCCAUUCUUGCCUCAAACAAAUAGGCUGCAGCCAAAGAUGUCACCGUCUGCAGUAUCAGGCCCUGCACAUCUCUUUAGGCUUGCUGGCAAGUGUUUCAGUUUUGUGGAAUCCACGUACAAGUACGAGUUUUGUCCUUUCCAUAAUGUCACUCAGCAUGAGCAAACUUUUCGAUGGAAUGCCUAUAGUGGGAUUUUAGGAAUCUGGCACGAAUGGGAAAUUGACAAUAACACGUUCGUUGGAAUGUGGAUGAGAGAAGGAGACUCCUGUGAAACUAAGAGCAGACAGACAAAGGUUCAUCUUGUUUGUGGAAAAAGCAAUAAAUUGGCUUAUGUGUCUGAGCCAAGUACUUGUGUUUACUCUCUGACAUUUGAGACUCCUCUCGUGUGCCAUCCCCACUCACUUUUAGUUUAUCCAACUCUGACUGAAGCACUGCAGAGGAAGUGGGAUGAAGCAGAGCAGCUUCUGUACGAUGAACUAAUAACCGACCAGGGUUACAAAAAAAUUCUGAAAGAGAUUUUUGAGGAAGCGGGACUUCUAAAAGCAACAGAAGAAAAUGAACUUGAAAAACAGAGUAAGAAAAUAACUCUGGAAUUUGAAACAGUGGAAAAGUGCAGUAAGGAAUACAAGCAACUUUCUGAAGAAAUACAAAAACUUAGAGUUUUAUUAGGUCAGCAUGGUAUUGCAUACAAAGGAAAUUCUGCCGGAAAUACCAGCGUUGAGUACGUAAGUCACCAACUGGCAACUGCAGUGGCAUCAGUUCUUAAUGGGUCAAAGGAUGAUGAGCACCUGCACGGCGAUACAGGAAUUUGGAAUUACACUCUGUGAAGAAACUUGGAUGGUACAUAACGUAAAUUAAACUGAACAUGUAUUAUGUCACAAAGAUGA